AUGGAACGAAGAACGACACUGAAGGUACUGGCUACCUUUGGCGUGCUGGUGGUUCCGCUGGUGCUCCUGCUGGCCUUCGCUCCUCCCGCCCAGGCCGGACGCGAUUACUACGACAUCCUCGGCGUGCCGAAGGACGCGUCGCAGGCGCACAUCAAGAAGGCCUUCAAGAAGCUCAGUGUGAAGCUUCACCCGGACAAGAACCCCGAUGGCCGCGACCAGUUCGUGGAGCUCAGCAAUGCGUACCAGGUGCUGUCCGAUCCGGAGGCCCGUGCCAAGUACGAUCGCUUCGGCGAGGAGGGCCUCAAGAAGGGCCAAGGCGGAGGACCCGGCUUCAGGUUCAAUGAUCCCUUCAACGUGUUCGAACACUUUUUCCAAGGCGGCGGCGGCCAGGGCGGCGGAGCCCGAUUCACCUUUUCCACCGGCGGCGGCAUGCCCGGCGGGUUCGGUCAGCAGCAACACCACCAUCAUCAGCAGCAGCAGCGACAGCACCAACAGCAACAGCAGCAGCAACAGGAGAAGUUGUACGACGACAAGGGCGAGAUCACCCUCCUCACCGACAGCAACUUCGAGGCGACGGUGCUCGACGACGAGAACUCCAUCUGGGUCGUCCAGUUCUACUCUCCCUCAUGCGGGCAUUGCCACAAGCUGGCCCCGGCCUACAAGGACGUGUCGAAGCGUCUGCGUGGCAUGGUCAAGGUGGGCGUCGUUGACGGCUCCGUCGAGCGUGGUCUUGGCGGCAGAUAUGGCAUUCAGGGCUUCCCCACGCUCCUUCUGUUCGCACCGGGCAACAAGCGCGCCCAGACGCCGGAGGUGUACAAGGGCGCGCGCAACUCUGAUGCCAUCGCCCAGUGGGCGCUCAAGGUGAUGCCCUCGUUCGUGACGACGCUGGACAGCUACAAGACCUACGCCGACCUGUGCCUCGGCCCGGACUCGUCCACCUGCGUUCUCCUGUUCACCGACAAGAAGUCGACGCCUCCUCUCUACUCGGCUCUUUCGCGCGAUUAUAAGGACCACCUGACCUUCGCCAUCGUGCGCACCGCCGCGGCCGAUGCCCAGCCCAUCAUCGCCGAGUUCGCCCCCGAGCCCGCGAGGAUGACCCCCUUCAGCGGCGAUUCGCUUUCGUACCUCGAACUGCGAAGGUGGCUGGCCAAGUUUGCCCGGUCGCGCCCGAGCGCGGCGUCGGGCCAGGCCUCGAGGCCGGCCGCGGACGCUGAGGUGCACGAGCUCACCGCCGCUUCGCUUAACCACAUCUGCCCCGCCGAGUCCAGCACCCUCUGCGCCGUCGCGUUCGUUCCGCACGACAAGCUCGCCGACGCCGAGACGCUGGCUAUGCUCAAGUCCCUCAACCUCAAGUAUAGCAACGAUCGAUUCGUGUUCACGGUUGCCGACGAACAGAAGCAGCACGAGUUCAAGAAAGCGUUGCUGGAGGGUGCAGCGGAGGCUUCGCCGCAGUUGGUGGUGUGGAACGCCAAGAAGGGCCGCACGGUGGCUCACGAAGGUGAGUUCGGAGUGGAUGCGCUUUCACAGUUUGUGGACGCGCUGGUGGGUGGCGGCAAGCGAUGGACGCGUCUGGCCUCCUCGCCUGCCUCGCUUCUCGCCUGA